CCUGCCAACGCUACGCUAAACAAGUUGGUAUCGCGCAAGCACGCGGCUCGUAAUCUAUUACUCCGUAUUCAGUACGAUAAAGACCCCUCUCGCUGCAGUAACAAGUUUACUGGCGUACAGCGGGCAGUAUAAAAUACCCAGGCUGCACAGUGACAGUGAACACCCACUGUAGUUUCACACUUUCGCUCACUCUGACGGCAUCAGCUAGCUGCUGAUCGCCUUCGCAACAACAGAUGCGUAUGGCUCCUCGGGGUAGUAAUGGCAGCGGCGGCGGCACCAAGCUGUUGCUGUGCUUGCUGCUCGUCGCGUGCACCGGGGCUGCGGGGCAGGGGCUCCGGGUGGGGUUCUACCAGCAGAGCUGCCCGGACGCGGAGUCCAUCGUGAGGAACGUCACCUGGCCUGCGGCGGCCGCCGACCCCAGCCUCGCCGCCAAGCUUCUCCGCCUCUUCUUCCACGACUGUUUCCCGCAGGGUUGCGACGCGUCGGUGCUGCUGGACGGCCGUGGCACGGAGAAGGCGGCGGGCCCGAACCUGUCGCUGGGCGGGCUGGAGGUGAUCGACGCGGCCAAGGCGGCGCUCGAGCGGUCCUGCCCGGGCACCGUCUCCUGCGCCGACGCCGUGGCGCUCGCCACCCGUGACGCCGUCUCGUUCCAGUUCGGGCGGCUGCUGUGGCAGGUGGAGACGGGGCGGCGCGACUCCCGCUUCUCCGACGAGGCCGACGGCACCAAGCUCCCCAACCCGGAGUACGUGUUCCCGAUCCUCAGGGACUCCUUCGCCCGGCGCGGCCUCGGCGUCGCCGACCUCGUCGCGCUCUCCGGCGCGCACACGCUGGGCCGGACCACCUGCAUGUUCGUGUCCCCGAGGCUCUACACCUUCCAGGGCAACGGCGGGGUGGACCCGUUCAUCGAGCCCAGGUACGCGCGGGAGCUGAUGGGGCAGUGCACGAGCAUGGCGUCGGCGAACAGGGUCGUCAUGGACCCCGGCAGCGAGUUCGCCUUCGACACCAGCUACUACAGGGCCAUCAAGGCCAACCGCGGCGUGCUCCUCACGGACUCCGUGCUCACGCACGACGACGAGGCGGCGAGGCUCGUCGACGAGAUGCAGGACCUGGGCAAGUUCCUCGCCGCCUUCGCCGCGUCCAUCCAGAAGAUGGGCGCCAUGGACGUGCUCACCGGCAGCCAAGGCGAGAUCAGGAGGAACUGCCGUGUCGUCAACUACUAGUGUGUGUGACUGUGUGUGUGUGUGUCUUUGCUUGGCCAAUUGUGGUAGGAGUAGGAUUGCUUUAACUGAUUGUGAGCAUAUGAAGUCUUAUAUCUUAAGA